GUUCCAAACAGAACGACAGUCGUCAACAAGGGGUUGUGCAUUUGUAUUUGUUUUUUAGCUUAAGAGUUAAUUUUAACCCAAAAAAAAUGGAUUCCUUACUUAACCUUUUAAAUACAUAUCCAGGACGUGAUAGUGUUGUUCGUACCUUAAGUUACGUAUCCUUGUAUCUAAGCGGGCAUAGCAGUGGAAUCACUUCCCGUAAGUUAAAAACGAUUAGCGAUGAACUGAGUUACUGUAGGUUAAUUCUGCGACUCUUCGAUGAUUUACCAAUGCUUCGAUUUACCUUAACUUAUGGUUUAGGAAGAGAGGAGCAAAGUUAUUUUCUACGUUUAUUAGGAAUUUUAAAGAAUGUUAUAGAUCAGUUCUAUUACCCACUUGAACACAUUGCUUGGGCGGCUGAUAAACAACUAAUUAAAACUAAGAGUUCUGCAUUCCAUGCUGUAGGAGCAGCUCUGUGGGCUGCAUCUUCAUACAUUAAUAUUAUAAGGUCACUUAUAAUGAUGUCAUUUCUACAGAAGAAAACACAUGGCUUAAAAAAUGUAACAGUCCAUGAAAAUAUAGUGAAAGAACAGUUGGAGUUAUUAUUAUUGGCAUUCAAGGAUGUAGCUGAUGUUGUCAUAGCUAUUAAUUACUUACCUAGUGGUAGUUUAUUGUGGGCAGGAAAACUGAAUACUAAGCAGAUUGGAUUAUGUGGUGUAAUAUCAUCUUUUUUGCGUUUCCUUAUGUUAUUCCGUAAUUCAGAAAAGGUAGGACGACUGAUACAGUGAAAUUAAAGCCAAGGUUUUUAUGUAUAAAUUGAUGCUUUUUAUGACUGCAGCUUUUGUAUUGUAUGGUAACUAACAAAGCAUAUUUGUCAUUUGAUAAUGCAUGUUUGUCUUAACAUUUUUUGAUUUUUGAAGAUUAGUGUUGAGUCAGUAUUAUUAUAAUAAAUCAAGGUAAGGGUUGUAUGGUUUUAGAUUUUGUUAAAAGAUUUUUAUACUUUUUGAUAAACUAUAUUUGCUGUUUUUGACUGCAUAUACUUGUCUGUUUUUUGCCUCUAUUUGAACAACUCAGAAAAGUGUCUUUUAAAACCAUUUUGGUAGAAUGUUAACACUUUUCUCUUGGCACUCUGAAUUUACAUUCUAACACUUUGAAUUAACACAUUGUUGCAUACAUAUUUUUGGAGAAUAAUGUCUUACUUUAAGUUUGUCUCACUUAUUGUAUUAAACAUAAAAUAAAUUUAAAAGAAAUCUUUGUAUUAUUGCUGGCAGUUUUAAAGUAUGUGAUAUUGAGAUUGUGUCUCUCUGUGCAACUUCUGUAUAUUGCUGAAGUAUAUCAACUGUAAAAAAUGUUUUUAUUUAUCAAAUUUAUACUGUAUUAGAAUUAUUUUAUUUUGUUUAAAGCAGAACAAUGACAAUACAUUAAUAUCUAUACUUUCCUUCCCAAUUAAGAAAUUUUAGGUACAAAAUUUAAAAGUUCUAUACCUUGCAGACAUUUUUGUCUCACUUUUUUCUCAUUCUUGUAUUUAAAAAAUUAUGGAUUGUUUUGAUGUAAUUAAAGAUGAAAAAUUUUGAAUGAUAUUUCUUCUUAUGUUCAUUGUUUCAAAACUUAGAUUCACAUUUUUUGAUCUCAUUGCUCUAGUCCUUUUCUUAUAUAUGGUUUGGUGUAAAUCUCAAUCAGUGACUAGCUAAUUGAAAAAGUAAUUAUAUGUAGAUUUUUUUUGUCUGAAUAGUUAGGCAUUCCUUGGUAUAAAUUACAUCAAAAUCAGUUGUAAAACAAAUGCCCAUAGUUAAUCUAAUACAUUUGCAUAAAUAAUUAAAUUUAGUAAAAACGUUUGUAGUAUUUUAGUGUCACUGAGCAGGUGAAAUUAAUGUACAGUUGAUUCGUUGUCAGGUCUUACUUCAUUACUAACUGGCUUCAUUAUGCAACUGUUCAGUUUUGUCCUAGUAUUGUUAAAUAAGCAGUUUUAUAAAUAUUGCCGUUCUUAUGUUUGUUAUUACUUAUGUAAAUUUUCUUCUCCAAGUAUUUUUGGAAAUCUUCACAUUAGGCAGCUACUCUUUAUUAUUUUAUGCUAUCCACAUUACAUUGUGUCCUUAGUGUGUUAUUUUAUUACUUUAAAUUAAUAAACUCAUGUAUACUAGAAUAUCAAAUGAGCCAUAUUUUAUCACAGAACACUGAUGAGAAUUUAUUAUAAUGUUUGAUAUGUACCUGAUAAAAUAAUGUAACUUCCCAGAGUGCAACAUUUAAUGAGUCUCCUAUUUGUAUAUAAGAGAACUUUUAUUUUAUUUAUUUGAUCUAUUCUAGGCUAUAUAUUUUUCAAAAUUUACGGAAUUUGCUGUUAUCAAUAAUUGCAAUCUAAAAUUGAACUGAAUAUAGUGACUGUUUUAUAGUUAUUGUAAGCUUACAUAGAUUUAAAAAAAAAAGACUAAUCUAACUUUUUUUAUAUAUUCUGUGAUUAAUUUUAAAUAGUGGUAAAAUCAAACUGAAAAAUCAUGAAGUGAAAUGAAUUUUAAGAACAGCUGUUGUUAUUUUAUAGUUAUUUUUUAAAUUUUUGUGAGGUUACAGGUUACAGUUUUACUGUUGGACAUAGUUUUAUUAAUAUAGAAGAUAAUAACUGAAGAUAAGCAGGGAAAAUUCUGAUGAAUUUAAAAAGUUUUGACACACCAAUUUGUCAUCCAUAAUUUUCAAAUUAUUUAUUUAUGAAGCAGAUAAAGAUGGUUAUAAUUCAUUUUAGUUUUUUACUUCCUUGUACAAAGUAAAGCAGGUAUUGUAAUCACAGAAAAUUUUGGGUAUUAUAUUUCAACAGAAAUAUCUAUUUUGAUCUUUCCUGAAUCCAUUUGGAUGAUUUUCUUGGACAACAUCUGUACACAACAACAUCUGAACACAAGCAUUCGUUUUUUUCAAAAUGGAUUCAAAAGGAAUAUUUUCAUGAUCACUAUUAUGUACGUGUGUAUGUAUGUAUCUCGCAUAAAUAAAAAACCAUAGAAUAUUGAAACUUUGUAUAUGGGACUGCUACAUACAAAAUUUCAAUGUUUCUAUUUCUGUGUUUCUGCUUUUUCUAUGUGGGUGCCAUAAAGUUGGAAUACCACUGAUUUAACUGAUAAUUAAAAAAAAAAAGUGUUAUACAAAAGUUAUACUAUGCUUAAGAUUUGAGAUAUUGUGGUUGUUCUGCAUAAAUUAAAAAUAAGCUAAAAAGCAUCUUAAGGUUGGCAUGGAUUUUGAAUGAAAUUUUAUAGAUUUCUAGGGUUAUAACAGAGAUCCCUCUUUUUCAAAAUCUACAGCAAUCUAAAAUUGCUUUUUAGCUUAAAUUUUUCAGUGGUAUGUUUCUUUUUUAGUUAAAUUAUAUUAGAUUUUUAAUUACAAUUAUUUAACCUUUUUGACUAUCAACUUUUGAAAUUUGUAAUCUCUUCAGUAGCCAUUUCAUUUCUCAGAAAACUUGUUAAAAUUAAUGUAUACAAUCAUUUUGAGGAAACAAAUAAUUAGGUGAACAUUCAGUAGGCACAAACUGGAAUUCCAAUUUUUUAAUUUUUUUAAUUAUUCCAAAUUUUUAAUUUGUGUGUGCAUGAUUCCUUCAUCUAUGUAAACAACAUGUAUCUCUUAUUAAUAUUCUUGAAGUUUUAUAAAAGCUUAUACUGUAUAUUAAAACAUUUAGUAGAUGGAUAAUGAAUGCUACUACUUACAUAUUAAAAAUUUUAACAUACUACAGUUUAGAUGAAGCCUAAUAUUUUUCUCCUGUUUAUAAGCAUCAGUUUCACAGUAUUAGUAUGUACAUUGAUACUAUUUUUUUAACAGAACUUUCAAGUGUUAUUUUUGAUUGAUAUAAUAAUUGUUAACUAAUAAGCAAAUUUGGAUUUAUUCUUAUCUGUUCAGUGCACACUUAUAUAUAUUUGUCUUGUUUUCACUGCAUUGUAAAACGUUUUAUUUACUGUUCCUGCACUACAUUGCAUAAGAUCAGAUAUGUAUGUUGUCUAAUUUUAUUUCAAGUAAUGUCUUAAAAUUUGAAGAUUUUAAUUUUUUUAUUUAAUUGGAAAGUUCAUCAAAAUAUUUCAUUAUAGCAAUUAAAAAGAAACUGCAUUCAAGAUAAGUUAUUUCUAAAAACAAAUCAUAAACUUGAAAAUGUAUUAACUGCUAUUUUAUUACACAUACUGUUUUAUCAUCAUUUUAGCUGGAAUAGUAAUGUAUGUAAAUAAAUAUAUUUUUCUGACUCGCAGUUGCAUAAGAGCAAUUUUAUGAUGUUGAUAAAUUAUGAUCUUCCAAUUAACGAGCUUUAUUCUGCUUUCAAUUCAGAAUGUGGGUCCAGCACUUUUGUAUUUAAUUGUUGGUUGAAAAAAAAGAAAUUUUCAGUUUUUUGCUGAUUGUCACAACUUUUGUAAAGUCAAAGGAUGAAAGUCCAUUUUAUGUUAUUUUAUCUUAUUAGUUUUCAAUCAUUAAUGUUAUAUAGUUUGUAUUGCAAAAUGAUUUGGUAACUAUUAUUUAUGACUGUAGUAUGUAUGAUAUCUCAAUGAAAAAUGUAUUGUUAAAAUCUUUUGAAUUUCCGUAUUGUGUUUUCAAGCAUAUGAUGCAUAGGUAGUUAUUUGGCAAAAUUAUGUAAUUUUUUUUUAUCUGAACAGUUAGUAAUUUUCAUUUUGAUUUCUGAUUAGUUAAGAUUUCUAGUUUCUAUUAUAUAUAUUUUUAAAAAUUUUAAAUAUAAUUAGCAAAGCAUUAUAUUUAAACUUUAUAGUAUUGCAUAGCUAAGUAUUCUUCAUAGUAUUUCUUCUGCUUUCAUAGAUUUUUUUUUUUUUUUUUUAAAUGUCAGAGGCCUUGAGUACGAUUCAAAAAAGUAUUUAAAGACGCAAAUAAAUUAUUCUGUCUUAUUGUAGUUCAUCAAACCAUCUUUUAUGAAAUAAAGAGGAAGUUUGAUUAACUUGUUGUAUAUUAAAUUCAGUAUUGUAGAUUUCUAUAAAAAUUAUUUUUUUAAGUCA